AUGGCGGGCGACGCCGCGCGGGAGGCGCGGAAGAAGCAGCGCGAACUCGAGGAGGGGCGGAAGGCGGGGUUGAUACCUCCGGAGAUCGACGCGGAUGGGAACGCGGUGAACCCGCACAUUCCGCGAUUCAUGGCGGCGGCGCCGUGGUACUUGAAUCAAGACGGACCGGGACUGAAGCAUCAAAAGGCGCCGGAGAAAGAGCAGGAGUCGACGAAUUGGUACAAACGAGGAGUGAGUUCGAAUCGAGCGACGACGUUUCGAAGAGGGGCGUGUGAAAACUGCGGGGCGAUGACGCACAAGAAGAAGGACUGCAUGGAGCGACCGCGAGCGAAGGGCGCUUCGAAGACGCAGAAAGACAUCGCGCCGGACGAAUACGUGCAACCGGAGCUCAAACUUGGUUUUGAGAGUAAGCGAGAUCGGUAUAACGGAUUCGACGUGAACGAUUACGCCAAGGUUGUGGAGCGGUACGAGGCGAUGGAAGCGAUAAAGCAGAAAUUGGCCAAGGAAAAAGAGCUCGAAAAGGCGUUCCGAAAGGCGAAUAAAAAGGAGGGCGACGCGAGCGAUUCGGAUGAGAUGAGUUCGGACGACGAUUCGGACGACGACGACGACGCGAAGGUUGGCGAUGCGUCGGUGACAGGAUUUGACAACAUAAAGCGCGCGGUGCGCGCGCCGGGCGGCGGCGCGUCUGGAACCGUUCGUAAUUUGCGCCUUCGUGAGGAUACGGCCAAAUAUCUGCGCAACUUGGACGUAGACUCGGCGUAUUAUGACCCGAAGACGCGCUCGAUGCGCGAAAACCCGACGCCGAACGCCGAUCCAAAGGACAACUUUUACCGCGGCGACAACGCCGCGCUAAACUCUGGCGCCCUCGUCGAGUUCGAGCGUAUGACCAGGCACGCGUGGGAGCAGGCGGAGACAGGAGGUUCGAGCACUAUCCACAUGCAAGCCGCUCCGUCGCAGGCGGAAGCACUGUACAAGCAGUUCAAGGAAAAGAAGGAAAAACUUGCAGUGCAGAGCAAGCAGGGUAUCAUGGAUAAGUACGGGGAUGCGAGUUCGGGGAAGGCGCCGGAGGGACUAGCGCUCGGACAGACGGAACAAUACGUUGAAUACGAUCGAGCGGGCCGUCUCAUCAAGGGCACGGAGAAGGAGCCGGUGAGGAGUCGUUACGAAGAGGAUGUGUACUUGCAGAACCACACGUCGGUGUGGGGAUCAUUUUGGAACGCCGGUAAGUGGGGCUACGCAUGCUGUAAGAGCACGUUGAAGAACUCGUACUGCACCGGAGAGCGUGGCGCCGCGGCUUCGCUCGCGACCGAGGAACUCAUGGCGAGCAACGUCGAGAACAAGCGCGCGAUUGACGAGGCAAAUGAUGCGAGGGCGAAAUCGCAACUCAAUGCCACCGCGAAGCCAGAAAGUUUGUGGGGAGGCGACGUCGCUGACGACGUGCAGAUCGAUCCAAAAAAGCUUGUCGAUGCGUUGAAAAAGCACGAUGAACGCGAGGAGGAAAGCAAGAAGGGUAAGAACAAGCGAGGAUACAACGUCACGCACGAUUCCACAGUGACCGCAGAAGACAUGGAAGCGUACAGGAUGAAGAAGCGUUCGACCGAGGAUCCGAUGAAUCGCGCCGCGGGAACCGACGGGUACGAUUUGGUGUAA